AUGGCUUCUGCUCUCAAAAGCAAAAUUAACCCGCCCGGGACUUGCCCGGGCUCCAAAGACGACGCCCGCGGUGGCGCGAGCUGGAGAAUGGACUGUUAUCCCGAGAUGCACGUGAAAAUGUGCAAGAAGAUCGCCCAGCUCACCAAGGUGAUUUAUACCCUGAACACCCGCCAGGAUGAGGCUGAGGCCAGCAUGGAGGCGCUGCGGGAAGCGCACCAGGAGGAGCUCCAGAAUGCGGUGGCAGAGACCAAGGCCAGGCUCCUGCAGGAACAGGGCUGCGCAGAGGAGGAGGCCCUUCUCCAGCGCAUCCAGGCCCUGGAGAGCGCCCUGGAGCUGCAGAAGAGGCUGACGCAGGAGGCGCUGGCUGAGUCGGCCUCCUGCAGGCUGGAGACCAAGGAGAGAGAGCUGAGGGUGGAGGCGGAGCACGCCGAGCGGGUCCUCACACUCUCCAGGGAAAUGCUGGAACUCAAGGCUGACUACGAGAGGAGGCUUCAGCACCUGACGAGCCACGAGGCUCCCCCGCGGGAGAGCCCUGAUACCAAGUCAGAACCAGGCCAGGGCCCGGAGAUGCAGGAGGUCCUGCUAGAGGUGCAGCGGCUGCGAGUAGAGAACCAGCAGCUGAGCAAGGACUACGCCCGCAAGGCCGAGGAGCUACAGGCCACCUACGAGCGGGAAAACGAGGCCAUCCGGCAGGCCAUGCAGCAGUCAGUGAGCCAGGCUCUGUGGCAGUGGCAGGAGAAGGAGUCGGACCUCCGCAAGAACUUCCAGGUCCAGGAGUCGGCCCUGCAGGCUCAGGUCCGGAAGCUGGAAGGAGACCUGGAGCACAGAGGCCGCAAGAUAAGUGACUUGAAGAAGUACGCCCAGAAGCUGAAGGAGAGGAUUCAGGACCUGGAUGUGCAGCUUAAGGAGGCUCGACAGGAGAAUUCGGAGUUGAAAGGCACUGCAAAAAAACUUGGGGAGAAGCUGGCUGUUGCCAAAGACAGAAUGAUGCUGCAGGAGUGUCGUGGGACCCAGAAGACAGAUGCCAGGAAGACUGAGCUAGUUUCAGAGAACAAAGUCCUGGGGGAAGAGAAUGACUUGGAAGCCGGCAAUCUUCAUCCUCAGCAUGAUCAAAGCUGUCUCAAGGAGUGCUCUUGCAUGAAAGGAGGCACAGAUAUGCAGACCAAGAAAGAGGCAAGUGCUGACACAGAAUGUAUGAAGCAACAAUAUGAAGAAGACCUUCGUAAAAUCAAACAUCAGACAGAAGAGGAGAAGAAACAUCUCAGAGACCAGCUAGUGAAGCGACUGGAAGACUUGGUAAAGAAGCACACCGUGGAAAUCAAAUCCGUUCGCUCAUCUGUGGAGGCCGAAAGAAAGAAACUGCAGAAGGAAGUAGAAGCACAGCUGGAGGAAGUGAGGAAGAAAUCAGAAAAGGAGAUAAAGCAGCUGGAAGAAGAAAAAGCAGCCCUCAACGUGAAGCUCCAGAAUUCUCUGCUCGAGGUUUUAAGGCUGGAAGAAUUUAUCCAACAAAAUAAGGCACGCCCCACAAAAGCUGAGGAAAGGCCCCAGGAAUUAGGCUGCCAGCGCUGCAGCAUUCUAGAGACCCAGGAUCCAUGCUUGAAGCUGGAUGAAACUUCGCCGAGAGGAGAGGAGUAUCAAGAUAAGUUAGCAGCUGAAGAAGGAACCAGCAGUGAUGAAGAAGAAAGGACCGACGUGCUUCUCAAGGAGGGAAGUGACCCACAGCCUCCACUGGGCUCUUUGUUGAAGGAGAAAACAUCCGAAAUCGCCCGUCUCCAGGAGGACUGGCAAAGCCAGAAGGCCACAUUGCAAGCCCAGGUCUUGCAGAUGCAGCAGGCUCUGGAGCAGUGCACCAGCAACUACAGGGAGGACCUGCAGGCGCUCAAGCAGCUCUCGGACCUUGAGAGGGAGAAGCUGCAGCGUGAACUCCAGGAGACCACUCAGCAGAACCAGGCCGUGAAAGCCCAGCUCGAGGCUUCCCACCAGAGAGCCCUGCGCAUGCUGGAGAAAGCCAGACAUCAGGAACUCAAGGCCACAGAGGAACGCUUGAAGAAGGAAUCCAGCCACAGCCUCCAGAUCCAACACCAGGCACACCGGCUGGAGCUCCAGGCCUUGGAGGAAAAGGCCAGGCAAGAGCUGCAGGAGGAGCGUGAGAGGAUGCAGGCACAGCAGGCCCUGCUGCUAGAGUCCCUUAGGCAGGAGCUGUCAGAGCAGCAAGCUGCCUGCUCUGGGCACCAGAAGGACUUGGAGGCACUACAGGCCGAGCUGAGGGCUCUGGGCACACAGCAAGCCAGCAGCCAGUGUCCAGGAGACCGCGAGGACCACAUCACCACCACAGAGGAGCGGGGCGGCUUGGGCCAGACCGGCUCCCCACCGGGCCCUGCUGGGCAGGGUUCCAGCGAGGGAUGCGGACUCUGGGAGGAGAACGCGCAGCUCCAGGACGCGGUGCGGAGGCUGCGUGCGGAGGUGGAGCAGCAUCAGCAGGAGGCGCAGCAGCUCCGCGACCAGCGCAGGUUGCUGGAGGAGACUCAGCAAGCCCUGCGGACCAGGGAGGUGGAGACACUCCGCCAGGAACACCGGAAGGAGAUGCAGGCCAUGGUGGCAGACUUCAGUAGUGCCCAGGCCCAGCUCCAGGCCCGGCUGGCUGCCCUGGAAGCUGAACUGAAAGAUUCCGGAGAGAAGCCAGAGAAGGGAGCGUCCAGGCCAGAGGACCUUCAGCUCAUAGGCCGCCUGCAGACUCGCCUGAAGGAGAGAGAGGACAUCAUCAAGCAGCUCACGGAAGAGAGAAGAUUUCACUAUGCAGCAUUCCCCAGUGCAGUGUCCCACCGGAAUCGGUCUUUCUCUUUCAAUCCUCACCCGGGAUAUUUGACCCCUUCCAUGAAGAAAAAGAAGAUGGAGGACGUGCCCAGCCGUGUGGUCAGCGUGCCGAACCUCGCUUCCUAUGCAAAGACCUUUCUGAGUGGCGAUCUGAGUUCCAGGAUUAACGCCCCUCCAAUAACUAAAUCACCCAGCUUGGACCCAAGCCACAGCUGUGGCCGGCCCUACAAACCCAACCAGUCUACAGAUGCAAAAACUGCCACAAGGACACCAGAUGGUGAAACGGCCCAGCCCAAAGAAGCCCAGCAGAAACAGGGCUCUCCACACCAGGAAUGGUUUACCAAGUACUUUUCUUUCUAAGCUAAUCUUUGGGCUA